AAAUCAAACCGAUCGAAGUAAUUCCCCUCUCUACGAGCGCCAUGGCAACGACGACGACGACGACCACUACGAUGUCUCCCGGCUCUCAGCAGCACGAGCAGCAGCAGCAGCUGCAAAAUACGACUCCUAGCUUCCAUUUCAGUCUCAGCUUCGAUGGUAACGGUACGCUCAUACCGAUCGGAGGUGGCAUCAUUGAGGCACAGGACCAUCAGCAACAGUCCCAGAUGCCGCAUAUCGAAAUCAAACCGAUCCUGAUAGGCACGGAUAACCUUCAGAAUGGAAGCGCGAGCUCAACGGACGAACAGCAACUGAAUCAUCACAUAACGAUAACUGGUGGUAUGGAGGCUGGAGACGAUCUAGAUACGGUCACGCAGCGUAUCGACGAGCUAAAACACUCGCUGGAAGCGGAAACGCAGGAAAUGCUUGCCGAGGGUCAUGAUGGGACACCAGGGAACGGGUGUGGUGGUAUGGACAGUAACACCAGCAGUAGCAGUGGUGUUGGCUCGCCGAGUCUCAUGGAUGAAUCAGAUUCGCCUGGAAUUAAAGAUAAAAUUUCUGAAAUUCUGGACAAUUUGGAACAGCAGACGAACCAGGAAGCGGCGGAAAUGGCUGGCACCGCUGAUGCAGGUGUUCGUGGAAACCUGCGCAGCUACGGUGGAAAUCCAACGGAUAUCGAAGGUCGUACACCCAGUAUCGAGCAUCAGCAGCGUACUCUGGAGACGGUCGUUGCCGAAUGUGCUGCUGCUCACCCUCUGCUUGGGGUCGAUGACGGUACCAAGGGAGACGCAGAAACGGAACGACUAGUGGCGGAACUGAACGAAGAGUUCCGGUCUGCUGCCACCUCGCCUUCCAUGGCUACGACCGCCUCAACGGUGGCCAUAAUUGACCAAACAGUAGAUGCACAACAGCAACAGCAACAACAGCAAGAGGAUCCGUUGUCGUUGAUGUCUUCCUCCUUGUUUGGUGACAUUGGCAAGAAGGAGGAUGUCGAUGCCGGUGGAUUCGGUGGAUUGGGCCAUCAUCUUUCCGUGAGCGAUCUUGGAAUCUGCACUGAUAGUGCGCUGCUGAACGAUGGCGAUGCGGAAAGUGUUCUGUUUGGCAAAAUCCGUCAACCGGAACCAUCGCCACUGUCCCAACCGUCACCAACGCAGCACCUUCCGCCACAUCACCAGCAGCAGAUGCAGUUGGAUGAUGAGCUGCAACAGUACACGCAGAUACCACCACCGAUACAGACCGCCGCAACGAUUCCGAAAGUCCCGGCAGUUCCUCGAUCGAGCAGCCCUAAGCUGUUGUACGAGAUACAGUCGCAGGACGGAUUCACCUACAAGUCCACUUCGAUCACGGAGAUCUGGGAUAAGCUGUUCGAAGCAGUACAGAUCGCUCGGCGUGCCCAUGGUCUAUCGGCCCUUCCGGAAGGUCAGCUGAAAGAAAUGGCCGGAGUGCAAAUGCUUGGGCUAAAGACGAACGCCAUUCGCUAUCUGCUGGAGCAGCUACCGGGAGUGGAGAAGUGUACGCAGUAUAAUCCGCUCUACCACAAAAAGCAAUCAGCUCUCGGAUCCCUCGGAUCGGGUUCUGGAGUAACGACCGGUGCUGGUAGCAUUGCCAACGGGGAUUACUUUGACGACCUGAAGGAGAACGCGUAUGGAACGGCACGCUGCGAACCGUAUAGUAGCCGCUCGGAGUAUGACAUGUUCAGCUGGCUGGCUUCGCGGCAUCGUAAGCAACCAAUGCCCAUCGUCGCGCAGACCAUCGAUGAUACAGUGAUUCCAAGGCGUGGCACUGGCAGCAAUCUUCCGAUGGCAAUGCGCUACCGUACGCUGAAGGAAUCCUCCAAGGAAUCGGUUGGUGUCUAUCGGUCGCACAUCCACGGUCGUGGGUUGUUCUGUAAUCGCGAUAUCGAGGCCGGCGAAAUGGUCAUCGAGUAUGCUGGGGAGCUAAUUCGAUCGACAUUGACUGACAAGCGGGAGCGGUACUACGAUGGGCGCGGUAUCGGUUGCUACAUGUUCAAGAUCGAUGAAAACUUUGUUGUCGACGCGACUAUGCGUGGUAAUGCGGCACGAUUCAUCAACCAUUCUUGUGAGCCCAACUGCUACUCCAAGGUGGUUGAUAUCCUAGGCCACAAGCACAUUAUCAUCUUCGCUCUGCGCCGCAUCGUUCAGGGCGAGGAGCUCACCUAUGACUACAAAUUCCCGUUCGAGGAUGUGAAGAUUCCGUGUUCGUGCGGAUCGAAAAAGUGUCGCAAAUAUCUCAACUAACAACGCUCGUGUGCUCCGUCAUAUCGGUGUCAUAAGUGUCGGAAUGAAAAGCAUCGACCCUUUCGAAGGUGUAAUGAUGCCCAGAAAGCGAGCCAAGCCAAAAACAUUCCUUCAAUAAAAGGAGUCCAGCCUGUGUAAAUCUGUGAAAUGUUCCUCAAAGAACGCAGCACAUGGAUGGAGGACAAGUACAAAUGACCCACACCUCUCUACCAGUGGAAACGCGUGCAUCAUCAAGAGUGCCACACCGGAGCUGCACCGUGCAUGCAGAGUGCAUGCACAAGCGCACCACAAAACGAAUGCAUCAUUGCAGCAAAUGCCAUGCUCGUUUGCUUUUUGGAAAAGCAGCCUACUACUUCAUGUUCCACAUAAAUAUCCAGUUUCUCGUAGCCGCCAUACCUUUAGAAGUAGAUAAGCCGGCGGUCCGGCAUUAUUGCGUAGGGAAUAGGAAUCUAAUCGUGUGUAUGUGCGUGUGUAAUUAGGUGGUGUAUGUACGUAUUCACGUGGUCAUUGUAUUUGUUCCGCAGAUUAGAUGCAAUGUUCCAAUGUUCCAUAUACCCUACGCUUCUUCAUUGCUAGAUAGGUAUGUGCGCGAACAAACAACAUAUUUAUUGUUGGAUCCAUUUUCGCCAGUUUUCGCGCUAUACUUAGUCGUUAAAACAGAAAUGUAAUGUAACUGUAAGAUACUGCUGUGUAUAUAGUUUUACCUUGGGUAGCCGUACAAUCGCGCUCUGGAAGCGAAGAGAUCGAUAGCGAGAGAGAGCGAGAGAGAGAGAGAGAGAGAGAGAGAGAGAGAGAGAGAGAGAGAAAGAGAAAGGAUAAUCGAUGGUACUACCGCGCUUCGCUGCUGUCUCUGUAUCAUAGGCACGUAUUAUGUCAUCGUGCACCUCUUUUAAGUAUUUAAAUGUGUAUCAACACUGUUAUGGCAGAAUAUUAUCAUCUUUUAAGCGCCUUGAUUGAGCCAGCAAGCAUAUCUGGCGCGAUAAAUCCCAAUGCAAAAGGCCAUUUAAAACGAACACAAGCAGGCAAACGAACUUGCUACUACCCAGUUGCUCAUACCUGUGAACACUUUUACAACAUCACUGCUGAAAGAUAUAAGAGAAAGAGAGAAAGAGAACAUACAGGUGCCUCGCGUUCUUUUAAAUUAAUCUAAAUCUGGCUUGACCCUAACCUUUUAAAGAUUUCUAUCUCCCCGAACAACCAUAAAGCACACGGCUGAAGGGGGAAGUGUGGCACAGGAGCACGAACAAACCCAAUCGACAAUAGCGUGUAUCGAAUCGCGAGAGCGAGAUUUUACAUCGGGCGAUGCAUCUCAAUACAGCACAGCUGGACAUUAUCGCUUUCUCCUUUGCAGUAACCGUUUUAAUCUAAGUAGCCUAGUGAACAAAUCGGAUCGCAAGGCACGCAAUAACGGUUGUGUCUACUACGACACAUCACCAACAGAGCAACCACUCACACACAGACACACACAUUCAGAACUACUACUUUUAAUCAAAGGAACCUAAAAACGAACAAAAAUGAAACAAACCAGAACAUCACCCCUACUUUUAGCUACUUUUAAGCUAACUAUCAUCGGUCCGUGGUGCACCAAAAACCGUAGUAAGCCACGCGUUGCCCCGAGCAAAACCGCUGCUUCGAACUGAUCUUGCCAUUUUGUUGUGACACAAUUGCAUGUGUGUGCGUGUAUAGUUGUAUGUGUAUGUGUGUGAGAGAAUGUAUAGCUAAGCGAAGUUAAUUAGUAAGCAAAGGAUCGCAAAAACAGACACAAAAAUGGCUUAAGCCGCGUGGUGAUGAGCGUAGCGAUCAUCGCGAAUGUUUGAAAAAUAAACCAAAUUUAACUCAAAUGAAACGAUCGAUUCGGAAACGUGUUUUAGAAAGGGGAACAGAAUGAAGAAUCGGUUUCCAAGUGUUGCGGAGUACGUGCUGCAAAAAAAUAAUCAAAAAUAGUCAAUCUUCCUCUUGAGAGUGAACUCGGGAGGGACCGGCCACAUGGGGAACCGGUGGUUCCGGCGAUAAUACACACGACGCAACAGAUACUCUAAUUCAUUGCAAUAGACACGGGAGUAGGAGAAGGCAGGGCAGGUGUAGGAGAGGCAAACGAGUUAGAAGUGAAACGAAUCGGUGGUGAACGUGGAAACAAAUGUGAUACUAACGGGAAAAAGAAAACUAUUGCGAGAAUUAAAUUAAUGUAAUCUUAGUGUAGGGGGUACAAGUUGACGAUCGUAGCAUAGGGAAUAGGGAGCGAGAUCAGGCAAACAAGAGUAUCAAGCAAAACCAAAACGAAACAACUACUGAUCGAUAACUCCCAGUGGCAGCGACAGUACACGGCGAUCGUUCUUUUCCUGCUUGCGCAAAUCACAAGAAAACAACUUGAUAUUAGACUAUGUCCCACGAAGUAAUAAGCAAAUAUACAGCAGACAUGGAAAUAAACAGCGGGCAGAAGAAGCAAAUUCUCUCGUCCAUUGUCCCCCCGUUGUGUCGGAGAAUGAAAUAAAUAAGCAAAACCGGCAACAGCAAACCGACAUACAGCAAAAGUUAGCGGAUAGUCCAAGGCCGUAUUUGUAAGUUUAAGUUUCUCUUUCUUUCAAAGUAUUAUACGUUGACCUAAAUAAAAUAUAAAUGAAAUA